GCUGGGCUGGAUCCGACCUUGUCUGAGGACCUCCUGCUGCAGGACCAGGGAAGGGGCUAAUAGGGCGGGGGUCUCUCUGGCUGCAGGACCAGGCAGGGGGCUAGUCUGACUGAAGCUUUCCUGCCACAGAGGAGGUUCUGGAUCGAGGGCUGCAGUGCCUUGUUAGCACCUAGCUGGUGUUGGGGGUUUCAGGCUCGCGUAUGGGGACCCAGGGGCUGCCCACCCAGGUCUGGCCUCUCAAGGCUCCUUUCUCCCUCCUCAGUUCAUCCCCCCGCUUCUCAUCACCAGGAGAUGCACCUCUGCAGGAGGUGGUGGCCAAGAGCAUUCUGGCAAUGGCACCAGGCACAUGAGCCCUACUGCUCCCCAGAGGUCUCUCCAGUUCCAGAACGUGGACACGUUUUUUCCCCACUGGUACAUGGACCUUGAACUCAGUUUGAAGGGAGAAAGGAGGAAAGACAGGAGUCAGGACCCAGUCGGAUCUGCUGUGGUAACCCAAGCAAGAAAAAAUACCAGCCCAGGCACAGGGGAUCCAUCACGAGGAGAGGCUCAUCAUGUUUGAGAGUUAUUUUUGGAGGACUUGAGUGCUUGGUUUGCCUGAAGAAUAUCAAGUGUCCACUCAGAAGAGAGAUUGGGACCCGCCAUGAAGGUUGUGCCCAGAGAGAGAGUGUCCCUGCAAGAUUAACCUUAAGAAAGUAGUUCUCAGACUCCAUAAGUGUUUGGGAGCAAUAGAAUUCUCAGAAGAGAUUGCCUGGGAAAUGAGAGAGUCAUUGAGGAGGACAUGGUUCCAGCAGCUGCAAGUUUUCAGGCCCUUUUGAGGCCCUGGCUCAGCCCCAGGCACUGCAUUCCUGUCCAGGAGUGGUUCCCCAACACCCUCUCUGGAGAGCUCAGGCCCUAAACAAAGCCCCAGCACCUGGACAACUGCAACAAAGAGAUGACACUGGUGGAAGAAGUUUCCCAAGCAUUUGAAGAGAAAGCCCUGCCUUCUGAGGACCUCUGCCCUCUUCACAACAGUCUCUUCAGGUAUGAGGAGGAAAUGGAAGCAUAUUCUCAGCCCAUCCCAUCCCAGGCACCUCUUAGCUUCGAGGAUGUGGCUGUGACCUUCACACAGGAGGAGUGGAGGCAACUGGAUCCAGCCCAGAGAACACUGUACCGUGAUGUGACACUGGAGACCUGUAGGCAUCUGGUCUCCCUGGAGUGCCAAGUCCUAUGUCUUUCCCCUGUGACCAGGCCUUCUGCUUUCCAAACCAGAUGUGAUCUCUCAGCUGGAGCAAGGAGAAGACCUAUGGAGGCCAGAGCAGGCACCUCCCCAAGAUGGGAAGGCUACACUAGAAAAGAAAGGGUCAGCUUCCGAAAAAGAUAACAUUGAAGAAGAGCCAUCCCACUACUUAGAAAUGAAAUGUUGCACUCAAGAGGAGUGCCCCUGGUCCGUGUCCUUAGGAAAAAU